CCCCUUGUCCAAUAGGAGCCCCCCAUGUAGCGAGGCGCGGAGGCCGGCUCUCGCAACUCAAGAUGGCGGACGAGAGUGAUACAGCAGUGAAGCCGCCGGCACCUCCGCUGCCGCAGAUGAUGGAAGGGAAUGGAAACGGCCAUGAGCAUUGCAGCGAUUGCGAGAACGAGGAGGACAACAGCUACAACCGGGGUGGUUUGAGUCCAGCCAAUGACACUGGAGCCAAAAAGAAGAAAAAGAAACAAAAAAAGAAGAAAGAGAAAGGCAGCGAGACAGAUUCAGCCCAGGAUCAGCCUGUGAAGAUGAACUCUUUGCCAGCAGAGAGGAUCCAGGAAAUACAGAAGGCUAUUGAACUUUUUUCAGUGGGUCAGGGACCUGCAAAAACCAUGGAGGAGGCUAGCAAGCGAAGCUACCAGUUCUGGGACACGCAGCCUGUCCCCAAAUUGGGAGAAGUUGUGAACACACAUGGUCCUGUGGAGCCUGACAAAGACAACAUCCGCCAGGAGCCCUACACGCUGCCCCAGGGCUUCACCUGGGAUGCCUUGGACCUGGGGGACCGUGGUGUGCUGAAAGAACUCUACACUCUCCUGAAUGAGAACUAUGUGGAAGAUGAUGAUAACAUGUUCCGAUUUGAUUAUUCCCCAGAAUUUCUUUUGUGGGCUCUCCGGCCGCCUGGCUGGCUCCCCCAGUGGCACUGUGGGGUUCGAGUGGUCUCGAGUCGGAAACUAGUUGGGUUCAUCAGCGCCAUCCCGGCAAACAUCCAUAUCUACGACACAGAGAAGAAGAUGGUAGAGAUCAACUUCCUGUGUGUCCACAAGAAGCUGCGCUCCAAGAGAGUGGCUCCAGUGCUGAUCCGUGAGAUAACCCGGCGGGUUCACCUGGAGGGCAUCUUCCAAGCUGUUUACACUGCCGGGGUGGUGUUACCAAAGCCUGUCGGCACCUGCAGGUACUGGCAUCGGUCCCUAAAUCCCCGGAAGCUGAUUGAAGUGAAGUUCUCUCACUUGAGCAGAAACAUGACCAUGCAGCGCACCAUGAAGCUGUACCGACUACCAGAGACUCCCAAGACAGCUGGGCUGCGACCAAUGGAGAAAAAGGACAUUCCAGUAGUGCACCAGCUCCUCAGCCGGUACCUGAAGCAGUUCCACCUCACGCCUGUCAUGAGCCAGGAGGAGGUGGAGCACUGGUUCUACCCCCAGGAGAAUAUCAUUGACACUUUUGUGGUGGAGAAUGCAAACGGGGAGGUGACUGAUUUCCUGAGCUUUUAUACACUUCCGUCCACCAUCAUGAACCACCCGACCCACAAGAGUCUGAAGGCUGCUUACUCUUUCUACAAUGUUCACACUCAGACCCCUCUCCUAGACCUCAUGAGCGACGCCCUCGUUCUCGCCAAAAUGAAAGGGUUUGACGUGUUCAAUGCACUGGAUCUCAUGGAGAACAAAACCUUCCUGGAGAAGCUCAAGUUCGGCAUUGGGGAUGGCAACCUACAGUAUUACCUGUACAAUUGGAAGUGCCCCAGCAUGGGGGCAGAGAAGGUUGGGCUGGUGUUACAGUAACCAGUUGCCAGUGAGAUUCUGGAUAAAGCCACUGAGAAUUACCAGGAAAUGGAGCCCCACCACUUGUUGGUCCAAUUUUCACAAACGUGAGAAUCCCUGGCAAGGGGAGCAGAACUGAACCGGCUUUACAGACCGCCGCUGAACUUGAUGAUUGUAUUGCAAUGGCAUAGGCUGCGAGAUGCCAUCUCUGGCCGUGCCUCUGGUCUCCCUGUUUUCCAGUUAAUCGCAUCGUUAUGCAGCCGCGAUCAAGGGAAUGUAACUGCUGAAAACUAGCUCGUGAUUGGCAUAUUAUGGAGUUAACGGGUGAAUAAUAAAAGUAUAUAUAUAUAUUAUAUAUAUAUAUAAAUAUUUUAAAUAUCUUUCAUGUUCCAAAUGUACAAGGAUGUUUGGUCUCUAAUGAAAAACUGAAUCCAGAUCAUUCCUCAAAAUUCGACUCUAAGGCCAGUGCCCGACAGACACAUAUCGGUACAAUUGAAUUGUUUCCUUCUGAAAGCAGGCAUGGACUUUUCUCAGGGGAGCAGGAGAAAGAGGAUGUGGGAGGCUUACCCAGUUCCCCUUCUGAGUCAGCUGGGUUGAUUGGCUUGGCGAUGGCAGCGUCGGGUGGAGGGGCUGUGCAGGGCUUUGGGGAGGGCUCAGCACUCUCUGGGAAGAGCAGGUGGAGGCCUGGCCGGGGCAGACCUGACUCCGAGGCGCUCCUGCAGGGCCUGUACCUUUUUUGCAUCCUGAACCUGCACAGCAGGGAUGACCUGUGAAAGUGCGUUUCAUGAAUCCAGUUCCCUCUUCUAGUCCUCUUGGCCUGCUCCCUGUAGGAAGUCAUCCUGCCAACAACUGACUUUUACAUCCAGGCUCUCUAGCCAACUGUUGCCAAUCUUAUAUGACAGGGAUAAGUCCUGUGAGAUUGUUUUUCCACUGCCUGGGAUGACUGGCAGUAUGAAGGGGACCUUUGACCUCCUUGUAUAGCAUCUGGGACCUUGUGGAGACUAUGUCAGUGCAGGCCCUGCCUAGCUCAUCUUAGAGCAAAGAACCAGGACGUGAUGCCCCCAGGAUUGGUUGGGCAAGGAUGGCGUGGGGCUGAUACCCAGACCUCGGCCUCCAGCCCUGGGCCGGUGCCUUCCAGCCCAUUAGCCAUCUCUGCUCCUUUCCAAGACAUACAGCCUGCAGGUCACGGCAGGGAGUGGUGAUGAGAUGCCAGUCUGCACUUGGCAACAGACAUGAUUUUCUGUUGCCAUUGUCAGAGUCUGAUUUCCACUGAUGAUGUGUUGCGGAUUUUUGCGGUGGUAAUGGUGACUGAUGCUGCCUAUGGCCCUCCAAAUAAUGGAGGUUCCAGUCAUGUGACUGUCACGUAGGCAUUCCUCGGUUGCGCUCAGCCAAGUGGUUUGGGGAGGGUUGGGCUAUGAAUUGUCAGCAGCGGCAACUCAUAUCCAGACUUGUAUGUAACUUUUGCUCUAGGACGAGGUCAGUGGGUGGAUGGUGUGACGUGUGAGGUGGGGGGUUUCCUGGCUGCUUUUACCUCUACUUGUAGAGGGAAGGAAGUCUUGCCGGCAGGCCAGGCUCAGCCCAGCUGUGGGAACUGAAAUCGUGUUCCACGGGCCAGGAGGGCUGUGUUGCAGGCUGUGGGCUCUGGUGAGGUUUGCCAGAGACUGAUUCUGCAGAGUCCCCAGAGCUGGAGGGGAUCGCGUGCUUAGUUGGGAUGGGGCCGUGCUGCCCCUGCCCAAGCAGGGCUGCUGGCCAGGCUUUCUGCAGACGGAACCCCCAACUCCACUGAUCACACUUUCAUCAGAGGCCUCUAGGGGGCCUCCUUUCUCCCUGUCGUCCCUGUGCUGCAAACUGUAGGCCCCCAUCGUGGCUGACCUUUGACUCCUUGACUCCAAGAUACCCAGACCAAAGAAGCUGCUGUUCUCAGCAAGAUGUGCACUGCAUUCCACAGACGGCGGAGUCGGAGAGGCAGGGGCUUGCCCACACAGCCUCACAGACAUCAGACACAUGGCAUCCCAUGGCCCAGAGCAGCCCACCCUGUGCGUGCUUCUAAAGAUGUCAGAGAACGAAGUUCCCGACUCUCCCACCUCAGGCAGGACUGGAACUUGGAUAGGCUCCCUGUCACAGGCUUGCUCAGCUCUGGGCCAGGUCCCGGCCUGAGCUGCCUCUGAAAUUUGGGGUGCCUGACGGCCCCAGGAGUGAGCUUUGCCUUGGUGACUGAAGUCAUGGGAUGGAAACUGUGAGGCCCAUGCCCGCUCUGGAAGAAAGCAGUCGCCGGGGGAGGUCCCAGUGUCUUCCUGCAAUCGCUCCUUGGACUCUGCUGUCGCCCUCUGUAGGGACCCUGCCCGCCUUCAGCACCACCCACAGGUCUGCAGGAGUGGGGUUGUGGCUGCUCUUAGUCUUCUUUUUGCCCAAGCACUCCCUGGGUUCUUCACUCGACCCGUUCCAGGACUUCUGGGCAGAGAGAACCAUUGCUUGGGGUUUGGGGCCUUCCAGGAUGGUGGAGCCUUGACUGGCUUAAACCAAACAAGGGGAAGAGCCCAGGGCCUCCAAGCUCAUCAACUGGGACUUGCCUCAGGCCGCCGCUCACAGUGGGCCUCCUGGGUGUGGCCUCGCUCUCUGCCUCCAGUGCUGGGCUUUCAGACUCCACGUUCCUGAUGUUUACCUCCAGUCUUUGGAAUCACCCCGCAGCACACUCCCCGGCCUCCUGUCUCUGCGUGGAGAGAGCUGGGGAGAAAGGAGGUCUCAGCUCUGGACUGAGGGCUGCACGGGGCUGGUGUCCCCACGCACGUCCGCUUCCGAAGAUGCCGCUGUCUUGUUUGAAGACCGGCCCGCAUCGAGCCGCUGCAGCACCUAGGUUUAUGGGAAUUUCAGGCCUUGCCUGCGACUCCAUUCUAACUGCCGUCACCCACUCGCUGGCUCACUUGAAGCCUAGCGUGGGUGUCCCAGUGCUCUUGAAUUCUUUGCCCAUAGAUGACCAGCAUUUAACCAACUGAAGGGAUGGCCCAAAGGCCUGGAUAGCUUCACAGCUUCAGCCCUGGAGAGGGUGGCUGCUGGGCCAGGGGAUGGGGCGGGGCGUAUGUCUGGCCAGGGUCUUUCCACCCCGGGCUCCCUUUUUCAGGCCUUGGCCGCCUGCCCUGGAACCAGAGGAGACGCAGGGCUUCGGGUUAUUACUGUCAGGGGAAGGCAGGCCUGCAAACAGACGACUGUCCCUAGGGAGGCUGUGGGGGAAGAUUUCAUUCAGAUCAGUUCAGUUCAAAAAUACUGAUUGACUGCCAACCAGGCGCGCGCAUCCAGGAACGGGAAAGGGGAGGCUUCACCUUUGUGUCUUGGCUUUGCUCCGGGCUGUGGGAGGGGCAUCCAUUUCCGGGAUGGGGGAAGAAAUACCAAAUGCAUUGUUGUUCUGCUUGGUACAUCUCACUUGUUUCUAAUAAAGGAAGCAGCUGAACACA